CCUUCUUACAUAGGUAUACCUGAAGCCUCCGCACCUUGGGAGACGCUUGAUUGCAACUCUCUCAAAGCCCAAGCUCACCACGCUCCUUACCUGCGCUGUCUUGUUCCAACUCAAAAUACUCUACAAACGUGGGUUUGCCGCUCAACAUGCCUCACUCAGAGUACGACACAGAGCCCCGGAUCGAUACAAGCAUCAAGCACGGCGACUGGCGUGACGACCUCUACCGCGAUGGCUACUAUGUAGUCAAGGGCGUGUUGCCCACGGAAAAGGCGCAGUCCUACGUUGAUCGCAUGUUCAAUUGGCUUGAAAGUUUUCCGUAUGGCUUCAAGAAAGACGACAAGUCAACGUGGAACCCAAAGCACCUGCCCGACCACAUCAAGGGAGGCAUGUUCUACGGCUACCACUGCCAACACGAAAAAGUCCUCUGGGAUGCCCGCACCGAACCCGCCAUCAUCGACGCCUUCGCUAAGCUCUGGGGCACCUCCGAUCUCCUCGUCUCUUUCGACGGGAUGAACUUUACAUUACCUGCAGAGCACCCGCCUAGCGAACCCUGGCCUCACGUCGAUCAGAACCCGAUACGCAAGGGUAUGCAAUGCAUCCAAGGCAUCCUGAACCUCGCCCCCAACGGCCCCACCGACGGCGGCCUGCUCGUCAUGAAAGGCUCGCACGCGCUAAACGAGCAGUUCUUCAAGAAGUUCCCCGAAAAGGUUGGCCGCGGCACCUGGGGCUCGAUUGACUGGUUCGGCUUCGAGAAGGACGAGGUGACGUGGUUUGAGGACCGGGGCUGCGAGCUCGUCAAGGUCUGCGCAGACCCGGGAGACUUGAUUCUCUGGGACUCGCGCACCAUCCACUACAACAAGCUCCCGGAGUCUCAGAAUUUGCGGGCCGUCAUGUACAUCUGCUAUACCCCUGCGGCGUUUGCCUCGGAAGAGGAUAGGAGGAAGAAAGUAGACUACUACAACAGCAAGCUAGGCACCACGCACUGGCCGCACGCCAACAUCUUCCACCAGGAAGACAAGCACCUCCGGCUUGGCAAGCCGGACACGUACUCCCGGGACGCGCCGUUCGAGGAGGCAGAGGAGACGGAGCUGGUGCUGAAGUUGGCGGGUGUGAAGGCGUACUAGGUAGAUGAUGUCCUUCAUCCGUUCCUUGCUUGAUAGGACGAAAGCGCAAUGCCAUGAUGUGUACGUCAACCACCCUUCAUAUCAACGACCGCAUCCCC